CACGUGAUUGGGUUCAGAGUUCAAGGAGCAUCAAUAAUCAUCAUGGCGACCGUGGUGGGACGUUUCGCCCUGUGGCGAGCCUGUCGCGUGCAGGCAAUGGACCGGGAAAGGGCGGCCAGGGCCGCCUACUUCUGCUCCAGACAAUACGUUUUUCCAGAUAAAGUUUUCCCUCCUAGUCGGCCCAGCGGAGACGCUGCGGCUACUCGCCAUUACAGCUCCGACUCCACGGAUGACCUGAGAGUCCGGUACCUGGAUGGUAAUGACUCUGGUAUUGUUGUUGUUGGAAUAAAUCGACCCAAAGCCAAAAAUUCUAUUAGCAAAAAUCUGGUCAAGUUGAUGUUUGAGACUGUAGAGAGCAUCAAGAAGAAUAAUAAAGUCAGAAGUGUGAUCUUAUGCAGUUUGGUCCCUGGUAUCUUCUGUGCAGGUGCAGACCUGAAGGAGAGGGGAAAGAUGCACCAGAGUGAAGUGGGACCGUUUGUAUCCAAAGCCAGAACUCUCAUCACAGAGCUGGGUAACCUUCCAGUACCAACAAUUGCUGCAAUUGAUGGAGCUGCUUUAGGAGGAGGCUUGGAAAUGGCCCUUGCUUGUGACAUCAGAAUCUCCUCCAGCACUGCAAAACUGGGCCUGGUCGAAACAAAACUUGCAAUAAUCCCAGGAGCAGGUGGAACACAGCGCCUCCCCAGGGUCAUAGGUGUCUCUCUGGCCAAGGAGCUCAUUUUUGCUGCCAGGGUGGUGGAUGGAGACGAGGCAUGUCGCCUGGGGCUGGUCAAUCAUUCUGUGGAGCAGAACGACAGUGGAGAUGCUGCGUAUUUGCGGGCUCUAGAGCUCGCUCGUGAGAUUAACCCUCAGGGCCCGAUUGCAGUAAGGAUGGCAAAACUAGCAAUAAACCAGGGAAUAGAGGUGGAUUUAUCUACAGGUCUGGCUAUUGAAGAGGCAUGCUAUGCUCAGGUGAUACCAACUAAAGACCGAUUGGAAGGGCUUGCUGCAUUCAAGGAGAAGAGGCCUCCAUUUUACAAGGGGGAGUGAGAGCAGAGCUAUCCUGAUGAGAUCCAGAAAAGAUCUCUCAUCAACACAACAACCUGUACAGAACCCACAUGUCCUGUUUUAACUUAUUGAUGUGUAAAUCAUGAAUUUCUUCCACUGGAAUAUUUUGCUGGGGAAAUAUUAACACAAAGUAGUUAUUAACCAAACGAAACUGAUGUAGAAAUUAGUAGAAUGUUCAUUUAUUUGAAUGCUGCAGGCAAAUAGUUUUUUUUUUUUUCAUUUUACUAAAAAAUGGAAAUGGAGAUUUGAUUUAGAUUAUUUUUUUCUAACCUAACUAAGUGCUUCAUGACACACAUUCUCCAAGUAAAAAACCAGCACCAUUACACACUAAUAAAACACAUCAAAGCUCACACUGUCCGAUCAUCUUGUAUCUGAUGCUUUAUUCGAUCAAUGCAUGAUCAUGUAAUGGUAGUAAAGGGUCGGCCACCCUCGGAUCUGCUCUGAGGUGUAUUAUGGCCUCUCCACUCUGAAUAUACAAGUCAGAAAACACUCCAGCUCAUUUAAAAAGUGUUUCUGUCUAAUAUUUUCAUAUUUGAUUCUUCUAUAAACCAGAAUCAAACCUCUAAGCUUUUAUGAAACUUUAAAACUAUCUAAUACUGAUGCUUCCCUGCUGACUUCAUUAUUUUAUCUGAAUAAAGUCACAACUUGUA